GCGCAACACUGUGUCAGCACUUCCCAUGCCUCCAUUGACAGCCGAUCAAUUCGGUCUCGUCCAAGAGAGACUCGCUAAAGACCCAUUCCGCCUCCUGAUUGCGAUUCAAUUCCUGGUCCGCACCCCUGGCAAGACGUCUAUUCCUGUCUUUGAGGACGUGAUGAAACGCUGGCCAACACCACAAGACCUGGCUGCGGCGAACCCGGACGACAUCAAGGGCAUGAUUCGCAAACUCGGUCUAUGUAACCAACGUUGCGAAGCGAUCCAGAAGUAUGCGAGGAUGUGGUGCGAGCAGCCGCCAGACAAGGACGCCCGCUACGGUGUCAAGGACUACCCGCGUAAGGGCGACGGCAAAGACGUCAGAGCACGUGAGGUCUUUGGGGCGGAGCAAGAACUCGGACAAGAUACUCAAACCACUGAAGGUCCAAAUCACGCUGGCAGCGAGCCCACCGUUACUACCAAGGCUAGAGGCCAUGGCACGGCCUGGGAAAUUGGCCAUCUUACGUUCGGGCGGUAUGCAAUCGACAGCUGGCGCAUUUUCUGCCGAGAUGUGCUUCUCGGUCGUGCUGAGGACUGGAAGGGCGCGGGCCGCGGACCGACCUUCCAACCUGAGUGGAUGAGGGUUCUCCCCGAAGACAAGGAGUUGCGCGCAUACCUACGCUGGAUGUGGAUGAAGGAAGGCUGGUGGUGGGACCCCCAUACGGGCGACAGGACAUUGCUGAACAACACCAUGGUGCAGGCUGUCAAUGAGGGGUGUGUUGCCUGGGAUGGCGAGGGAGAACUGCAGAUCGUCGACACGCCGGUUCGGAAUGGUGUGGUCAACAGCCAUGCUGGAGGAUCUGUUCAACAGGCGGGGGCUGCCAACGGUUCCUAGUAGGGACAUCUACAAAUUGUGGACGGCUCGGGAUAGGCGAACGAAGGUCCUAAUAGGCCAAGAGAAAUCGGAUUUGGUGUGAUUAAUAAAGAUGCUUGGUUGUGGGAUGGAGGGAGCUUGACGCAUGGGCGGUGGUGAGAAAAUUGGUGAUGUUUUCCCUGAUGAUGACCUUUUUCUUCUUUUUAUUUGUCGCGAUCUAUGAAUUCCCUAAGCCUUUCCUGUUCGGUUUUCGAGGUUUUUCGCGUUGUUUUUCGCCAGCUUCUGGUAGUUAGGAGUCCAGAGCAGACAAAACCAAAAGGCAAGGAAAGAGAAAAGUCGGUUGGUUGGGCCAGAGCCUUCGGUUGCGGCUCUGGAGGGAUUUCGAAACGCAAUAAUACACUGCAAACACAGUCCGCACGC